AUGUGGGCAACGUCGCUGCCCUGCGACCUACUCCUCGACAUCUUCCGCCGCGUAGGAUUCACAGCGGUCAUCCGCUGCGCCGGCGUGUGCAGGCCAUGGCAGCACGCCAUCAUUGACAACGCCACGUGUCUCCGCCCACGCCAUGACCGCUUUCUUCCCGAGCUUCUCCUCGCCUUAUUGGACACGUACUGGCACCUGCGACAAGAAACGAUCCUCGGGCGGCUCGACUACGUACCGGUGGGACCGUCUGCUAACAACUUGCUCGUAGAUGGCUUCGUCGACGUCAGCCUGUACGGCACGCCGUUGGCAUCACGCAAUGGGUUCCUCCUCCUCGGGGGAAUCAACAAUCUCUGCCUGUGCAAUCCCCUGACAGGAAGCUUCAAUUUCGUCUCCACCGCCCCGCUUGGUGAUUCGUCCUCGGAGCAGUGUACUUACGUCUUGGCCACCGGCUACGACGACGACUCCCAGCCAGACGGCGGUGCGGUCGGGAAGGAAAACAUUAUGCGCACCGAGCGGACAUGGAGAACGGAGCUGCCGGAGGAAUAUGGCACCUAG